GAUGAUGGCGGACGAGCUCCAGAAAUAGAUAUUCCACCUGGAUGGCAAGGAACAUAUCAUUCUCGGUAUCUCCAUGACCGUUCGAGUCGUUUCUCUCCAACGUCUCCAAUCGUAGUGAAACUCUUUGCAUCCUAUGUUGCAGCCAUCGAGAGCCGCGAGCUUACAUAUUUUGUGGGGAUUGCGCAGCGACCGACCAGAGGUUUCCUGUGGCUCGCCACCCAGCCACAAGGACGCUCACCUAGAAAGCUGUGAGCUUGAAGCAUCCGAAUUCAUGACCAAAUGCACUUCAGCUCAGCCUUGUGCACCCGCCUCUCCCAGGCCGGGCUGUUCUCAAAGCUCGUGCCAUCCGCCUCGCCACCGUUUGCAAGACUUCCAUUGUUGAAGUCCACUUUCUCUCAAUUCAACGCCAGAGCUUCACCUUGUACGAGACAUCCGGUUUACGUCAGCUCUCGCUUGCCUACCAGCCACGCCCCUUAUCGCACGAGCUGUUCCCUCAAUAUGCCUGUGCUGGAUCACCUUCCCAAAAUGCUCGGCUCGUGCGAUCUGGCGUUGACGGGUCACGAGCUCACCGCAUUCGGCCGCACCAUCCUCACUGACGUGCCUGACAACGUCAUUUUCCCGCCAAUGGAAGGACCCGUCGGUUGCUCUGGAGUUUUCCUCGGAGUUCGUUUCGACUCUGCUAAGAGUCGUCACGUCUUUCCCAUCGGAACGCUAAGAAACCUUCGGUUUUUGUGCUGCUACCGCUUCAAGCUCUGGUGGAUGACCCAGCGAGUUGGUAGCAACGGAAACGAGGUUCCUAACGAGACUCAGUUCCUGCUCUUGGAGGCUGAUCGUGACAGUCGAUCUCCAAAAGAGUCGGUCUACGUUGUGAUGCUCCCUCUUGUUGAUGGAUCUUUCCGAGCAGCCAUUCAGGGCUCAUCGAAUGAUAUGCUUGAAGUCUGCUCAGAGAGUGGAGAUCCGGAUGUCCAAACGCGUGAAAGUACCAAGGCUGUUUUUGUCAACGCUGGCAGGGAUCCCUACAAGCUACUGAAUGAAUCUGUAAAGUCCCUUGAGAAGCACUCAGGGAACUUCCAGCAUCGAGAGAAGAAGACAGUACGCUUUUUUCGUCCAGCGUUUUCCCUCUAUCCUAGUUCUGCAAUAAAUCUGAAGUUGCUGUUUUGUGUGGUGAUUCAGCUCCCUGGAUUCGUUGAUUACUUCGGAUGGUGCACAUGGGAUGCCUUCUACACCGACGUGGACAGGGAUGGAAUCCGUAAAGGACUGUCCAGCCUUGCAGAGGGAGGAGUUCCAGCAAGAUUUAUGAUUAUUGACGAUGGCUGGCAGGCGGUUGCUGCCGACUUUCAUGGAAAAGCAACUUUGACUCCUGAGACGCAGCAUUUCAGCCGGCUUGUGGAUGUUAAGCCAAAUGAGAAGUUUCACUGUGACGAGGAGGAAGAGUCUUGCGUUGACGGCCCUCGGAACCUUAAAGAUCUGGUUACAUCAGCAAAGGGCGAUUUUGGCCUGAAGUAUGUCUACGUCUGGCAUGCGCUCAUGGGAUACUGGGGAGGCGUCAACCCAACUGCUGCUUCCACUCAGAAGUUCCUGGCAGCUGUCAAGUACCCUGACUUCUCCCCAUCUGUCCUGGACAAGCCUGACACGGUGCUGGACCUGAUAACCAAGCAUGGCUUAGGCGUAAUAGACCCGUCCAAGAUCCACGAGUUCUAUGAUGAGAUGCACAGCUACCUGGCUUCGUGCGGCGUGGAUGGGGUGAAGGUGGACGUUCAGAGUAUAUUGGAGCUGGUUGGCGGAGGACAUGGGGGGAGGGUUGAAAUAGCGAGGGCAUACCACACAGCAUUGGAGGCAUCAGUUGCCAAGAAUUUUAAGGAGAAUGGUGUGAUUGCGUGCAUGAGCCACAACACAGACAGUAUUUACAUGACACAGCAGACAGCAGUAGUCCGAGCCUCUGACGACUUCUGGCCUAACGACCCUGCAUCUCACACAAUCCACCUCCUUGCAGUGGCAUACAACAGCAUGUUCCUAGGCGAGUUCAUGCAGCCAGACUGGGACAUGUUUCAUUCCCUCCACCCAGCAGCGGCGUUCCAUGCUGCUGCUCGAGCUGUUGGAGGCUGUCCUGUCUAUGUGAGUGACAAGCCUGGCCAGCACAACUUCGAGGUGCUGAGAAAGCUGGUCCUUUAUGAUGGCUCCAUUCUUCGAGCCAAGCUCCCUGGGCGGCCCACCAGGGAUUGCCUAUUUGUUGACACAGCAAGAGAUGGCCAAAGCCUACUCAAGGUCUGGAAUUCGAACUCUUGCAAUGGAGUCCUUGGAGCAUUUAACUGCCAGGGUGCUGGCUGGUGCGAAGACACACGAAAAUACAGGUUUCAUGAGUCUGAGACCAAGGAGCUUGCAGGAACCAUCAGUGCCAGCGACAUUGAAGGGCUGGCAGGACUUGCUGGGGCUGACUGGGAAGGAGACGUUGCAAUUUACUCGCACAAUUCAGGAGAACUCGUCCACCUUCCUAAGGGUGCAUCCCUGAUCGUCGUGCUUAACCGGCUAGAGUUUGAAAUCUUCACGGCAUCUCCAAUCCAGAGAGCUGGACAAGUUGAGUGUGCCGCUAUUGGUCUGGCUGGCAUGUACAACAGUGGUGGAGCUGUGCUGUCCACAUCCACACACAAAAAGGCCCUUCCAGCUCACAGCAAUGCUUUCUACUGUCUGAGCACUAGUGUCAAGGGCAGCGGCAUGUUCAUUGUAUGCUUCAUCGUGCCCAGUGGAUUGCCUUAUCAAUGGAGAGAAGACACAGUUCAGCUAUGAUAAAACAAGUGGUCAGGUUGAGCUAGAGCUUCAAUGGAGUCCGAGUGGCAGCCAGGUUGAUUUGCUGUGGCGGUGAGAUAGGUAAACCCUCGUGAAUAAGUUUGCGUUGGAAUUCAUGUCUUCGCUUCAUUCUGCUUCGUAGCACAUACCGUAACCGUUUGUAUGUCCU